AUGAAAUGGGAGCUUGCCUUGGUCAUGGUAAACUUCAUAUCCCUGCAGAGAUUCUCGAACUACAAUCGACUGUUGAGGAGCACCACAUGGGUGCUCAGAUUUAUACGACGGAGCCGUGGACUACGAUACGAUGGAGAGGAUCACGGACUGACGACGAUAGAGUGCGCUAAAGCCUGGGAAAGGAUGGUGCAGUGCGUGAAGAAGGUGCUGGCGCACACGAUGCAGAAACUUGCGCCCAAGGAGCACGUACUGGAGAACCUGCUAAUUGAGGCGGAGAGCAUAGUAAACUCUCGUCCGCUCACUCAUCUACCAGUGACGGUGGACCAGGAGGCUCCACUGACACCCAACGACUUGCUGAAGGGAGCACCCGAUGUCCCAAAUCUUCCCACGAAUGACGGACAGCACUUCGUGAAACGCGCUACCAGGAAGCAGUGGCGCAUGGCGCCACUGCACCAUGAUGCGGGAUCGAUUCUGGAAGAGAUGGGUGCAUGAGUACCUGCCUACACUUGUGCGCAGGGAGAGAUGGUGUAAGCACGUAGAGCCAAUUCGCCGAGGAGACCUGGUGUUCAUCUGUGAUCCUGCCAUACACGAAAGGAGUGGAAACGAGGCGUCAUGGAAGAGGUGUUCACCGGAAGAGAUGGAGUACCUCGUCGAGCGGCAGUGCGGACUAACGAUCGAGCCAAGACGAUAAUGCGUCCCGCUUCGAAAUUAGCUGUCCUGGAUGUGGUGAAUGCGGCUGCUUCACGGGGGUGGGGAUGUCGCGGAACGGAUUAGGGUUAUCGAUAGUUAGUCAAGUUUAAACUUAGCGUCUAGUCCAGCACUAGAGUCUUUGCUUUAAAGCUUAACGUUUAAAGGCAUUCCCCGUGAUCGACCAAGCGACGACACAAUCCAUACGCAAGAAUAGGACGGACUAAUGAUGUAUAUUAAUUUUUUGUUAUGACGGGAUGAUUAAAUUCUUUUGACCAUAUUUUAAUAAAACCAAGCACACCCUUUGCUUUACCAUGGUGGAUAUAUGGUCAGUAAAUUUAAGUUUCAAAUCUAAAAGCGCGUACCCCUAGGGAAAAUACGUAGUGUGGUAUCGGCUAGAUCGAUAAAAUGGCAUGAGUUUACAUUUCGAUCCAUUAAGCUUUAGGCUAUUUGCUAAACACAAAUUUGAAAUUUAUCCAAAUUGGAUUGAUGUCUAAAUUGCGCACUUGUGAAUCUAUACUGAAGAUAAAGCUUAACGUCAUCAGUGUACAAGUCAAUCCGUAAAGGCAAGGGGAAAAUUGUUAAUAAAUAAUGUAAAAAGUAAGUUUUCAAGAUGGCUUUCUUGGGGUACACCGGAUGUGACGCGGACUAAACGCAAUCUCAACGCAACGCACAUCUUUGAAAAAUACACUUUGGGUUCUUCCAGAUAAGUAGCUCGAAUUCCAGAUAAGGAGAUCAGUUGGGAAUAAAGUUGUUGAUAAUAUAUCGAAAUAUCAAAAUAUCGAUAUUUUUUAAAUGAUAUAUUUAUAUCGUGAUAUUUUUGUUGCCCAAAUAUGGGAAUCGCAAUAUAUAUUUUGUUAAAUUUUCCUUGGUCACUCUGAUUUCAAUCUUUAAAGUGAAUAGUUUGAUUAAUAUUGAAAUUAAUUUGAUAAGUUCUCACGUUGGAAGACUGCUGCAGCUUUUAAAGAUAAGUGUCUUUAAAACCGCUUGUUCUUUAAGCUUUACUUUAACUUACUUUAAUUUUCUUUUAGAAAAUGAAUAUAAGACAAAGGAGAUAAACGAAGCAUACACGAACUGUAAUGCAAACCCCUGGAGAUCUGGAAAUUUUCCGGAUUUUUCGUCGCACUUGCGGAAUAAGCAUGCCGACAUUUUUGCAAAAUGUAUGUGUAUGUGUAUGUUGGCAUAUGUAUGAGUAUGUGCGUCUAUGUUUGUAUAUAAAAUAAUAAAAUAAAAUAUAAAUAAAAUAAUAAAUUUUAUAAAA